AUGGAAGCCAACUUCUCCAUCCCUCUGAAUGGAUCUGAAGAGGUGGUCAACGAGUCUACCAGCCACACUGUUCUGUGGAUCCUCUCAAUGGUGGUACUUUCAGUCACCUUAGUCCUCAUUGUGCUGGGCAAUGGGCUUGUGUUCGGGGUGACUGGCUUCCGGAUGACACACACUGUUACCACCCUCUGUUACCUACAUCUGGCCUUAGCUGACUUCUCUUUCACUGCUACCCUACCAUUCCUCAUUGUCUCACUGGCCAUGAAAGAAAAAUGGACUUUUUGCUGGGUCCUCUGCAAGUCAGUUCAUAUUGUGGUGGACAUAAACUUGUUUGGAAGUGUCUUCCUGAUUGCUGCCAUUGCUCUGGACAGCUGUAUUUGUGUCCUGCAUCCAGUCUGGGCCCAGAAUCACUGCACUAUUAGUCUAGCCAGGAAGGUAAUCACUGGACCCUGGAUUCUUGCCCUAAUCCUUACCUUGCCAUGUUUCAUCUUCUUGACUAUAGUACAUAGUCCAAGAGGGGAUGUGUACUGUGCUUUCACCUUUGCAUCCUGGGGUAAUACUAUGGGGUUGGAGAUGGCAGUCACCAUGUUGACAGUUGGAGGGAUCAUUUGGUUCAUUAUUGGCUUUAGCAUGCCCAUGUCUAUUGUCGCCAUCUGCUAUGGGCUCAUUGCUGCUAAGAUUUGCAGAAAAGGCGUGAUUAAUUCCAAUUGUCCCUUACAGGGCCUCAUUGCUGUUGUGGUUUUCUUCUUCAUCUGUUGGUUCUCUUUACAACUGAUCGCCCUUUUAUACAUGAUUUGGCCCAAAGAGACACUGUUCUAUGGUAAGUACAAGAUCUUCGAUCUGCUGGUCAACCCAACAAAGUACCUGGCUUUCUUCAACAGCUGCCUCAACCCAAUCCUCUAUGUUUUUGUGGGCCAGGACCUCUGGGGGAGAUUGAUCCACUCUCUGCCUACCAGUUUGGAGAGGGCCCUGAGUGAGGACUCAACCCAGAAUGGUGACACAGGAGCCAACUCUGCUUCACAUCCUGCAGAGGCUGAGUUACAGGCAAUAUGA